UUUGUUAUUUGAGGUUAAUCAGAUUUUGAUUGUGUGAAUAUCGCCAGGCUUGAGACUAUUUCGUUAAGUGUUAAUCUCAUUUUAAGACCUUGGGAGGUCUUUGUGAUAAUGUUUAAUGAAGCUCAAUCCUAUAAUUUCUUAGAUUUGUAAUCGUUAAUAUAUACUUGAAGCCAAAACAUGACCUAUGGGGAUAACCGUGACCAGAAUGACACUGCAGUUAUUCGAGAAGUGUAUGAAAGUGAGAAUGCUCUCGAAGCAUUUGAACUGGAACUAGAUCGUGCUCUUGAGGCAGGGUGUAAUGUAAUUGUCAUUGAGCCAACCAGGUUAGCAGAUGAAACAGCCCAAUGGAUAGCAUUUGGAAAUUUUUUGCAUAGGACUGCUGUUUUCUCGGGAGUUGGAGCAAUUUUUGCAGGGUAUUUGCUACCGAAGAAACCAAUCAUAUUUGGUCCUCUGUGUGCUGUGUCUUUCUUAAGCGCUGGGCUCCACACAGUGGCCUGGCAGAUGGAUCCAUGUUGUAAAUAUCAAAUCUGUAAUAACAGCAAAAAAUUGGCGAAUCUACCACUUUAUAACUCUAUUACUCCCGUAGUUCUCACGCGGCAAGAUGACACUCACCGUAGGAUUCUUCAGUCAACAGUUACCAUCUUAUCAGUUGCAUUCUGUCUUUGGAAAUACUAUCAAAGUAUGAAAUAGUUCAUGUUUAUAUUAGAUGAUGACUCAAAAGCAACCUAUUUUUCUGUUUUUGUCUUAGCAGUUCAACUAAUCUGGUAGGUUUUUGUCUAUUCUCCUAAUCAAGUUUUUCUGCGCAGUCAAAUUCAGAACGAAUAAAGCCUGUGUGAGUCAAGGAAUUUUAAAAUCAAAAUAACUGCAUGAAGAUGCAGCAGAAUGAAAUAACGGAUGUACACAACGUGUUGAAUUUCCUGUAAAACAGCAACUGCACUGCAUGUAAAAUCUAAAUUUUUCAAGGAAAGCCCUGUUUUGAUCUCUUUAUGGCUGAGUAGCAGUUUCUUUCUUUAACAGAAUAUUUUUGACACCAUGGUGUAUUCAGCCCAAAAUUUUUAUUUGCUGGUUUUCAGUAGAUUUCUAUGAGAAGUGCCACUUAUGAUGCUCUUAAUUCAAGUUUGACAGGUAGCUCCUCAGUACCGGUUAAGUCGUUCUUAUAAACCACGAACAAUGACAGCUAUCACUUUUAUUAAUGUACACACAGAUUGUGGCUCAAUUUACGAGUCAUCUAGACAGAGAGAUGAUGAUGGUGCCAUCAUGGGUCAAAUCCAGUAUAAAAUUGAAAUUUCAGAACAGUAUCGUUAGCUUUUAAGUUUUCUAUUGAAUUUUAGUGCUUGAAAGAAAGAUUAACAUCUCUCUGUUUAGAGCAUUUUUGACCAAAUGCGAUAUUUGGAAACCCUUUUAUCCAGUUUCAAGACUAAGUUUUCUUUUAAUUCAAACGAAUUAGACUACCUUUUUUGCUCCAUGUAAAGUCCUGAAGAUUCUCCCUGGGUAUGGGCAAAAGAGCUCGGAAUGCAGCUCAAUUAAGACCUAAUCGAACUGGAGUAUCUAUCUGCAUUUGUGCAACCUGAAAUAAGAUCUUGCUAAAAAAAAAGGGGUGUGAAGCAUUACAAGUUCCCAUAAUGUAAGGCCUAGGGGCGAGAUGCAAUGGCUGUUUUAUAAAAAUCACAAAUUGUUUAAAAUAUCUCAUAAUUAGUUUCUUGCUUCUCCUGCCCAAAUGCUGGACUGAAGCUCCUAUCGGAGGGUGUUCUUUUUUUCUUUUAUCAGAAGAAGCCUACCUGUUUUUCAUGUUGCCUGAAUUUGUCCAAUGUCUCUAAACUAUGCAUUCUACGACCUUGAAACUCUAGUUGAAUUUAUUCCACAUUAUUAAAGAUAAUCUCACAAAUUUUCAUGGUAUGUAGAAUGUUACUUAGGCUUCUGUUGAAAAAUAAAGCUUGAGCUAGAAUUAGGUAUUGUCUAAUGUAGGUAGGCUGACUCUGGUUGAAUCGGUACAUUUUAUAGACGGGUUGCUAAAGAGAAAUUGUCAAUGAUAUUAGAAAGGAUUCUUUAUCUGUCUUCCAAGGAGGAAGAGUUUUCAUUGCCACUUGGAACUCAGCCUCUUUCUCUACUGCAAAAUCUCUUCAUUAAACAAUGUGGGCUGUUCAGUGAGAGUUUAUUUUAUCCCCUCUGUCUGAGAAUAUUAUUUUUUCAUCUCUUGAAGAAUUUGUUGUUGAGUACUCUCUAUCGGCCAAAUUAUUUUCCCACUAUAUGCAUAGAGGGAGCAAUAUGAAACAAUAUGUUUGAAUUUCUACUUGUUUAUCUUUGUGUGUAAAGAGUGGACACCAGAGAGACCCAAGGCUCUAAUUUCUUCAUUGAGAACUCACCUCGUUUUCACUUGUGAAGUCUUGAAAAAUUUCUGUUUGCAAUUUUCUUAUAUCAACAAAAGCACAAAGGUCAAGACUUGACUCUUAGUAUUGCAUGAAUGUAAGAUACCUACUGUUUAUUUUUUUUCUUUUUUUUCUUUUCUUAUUUUUUUUCCAAACCUCUUGAUAUUAAUAUCAAUCCUUCUCAAAUUUAAACUGAUUCAUUGGGGUUUCACGCUUUUUUAUGUAGUGCAUAGUCACUGAUAAUUCUAAUCCUCUUAAAUUUUGUGCAUCACUUGAUUUCAAUGUUACUUAAAAAAUUAUGUAUACUUAUCCAAUAUUUCUUCAAUUAUUCAACUUCUGUAAAACAUAAAUUAUUUCCACUAAUUUUUAUCCAAUUUGUGAGGAGCGUUCUGUCCAGCUGCUGGAGCGGAUUUUUUCAAAUCGCUACGGACAAAAAAUUCUUCCAAAGAGGUAUCUUUGGGUUUCAACUCAAAGAAGAAAAAUUAGUUGCUGGAUUUUAACAAAACAUUACUGUUAGACCACGGUUUUUUGGUAUGUAAUCGUUAACUGGAUCUAGAUUCAUAUGAAGUCAUCCUUGACAAUUUAUACUGCUAGUCACAUUCUAUGCUUCACAAGAGUAUUGGUUUGCGCCUUUCAAGUCACUAUCGAUUGCAUUUACUCUUUGUGAUUUUGUCAUCAGCUGCGAAUAAAACUUCGACAAUUUUAAUGGUACGAGUCCAAUAUUGAGAAUCGGACGAAUCACUUAGAGCUGUGGAAAACUUUCUCACCGCCUCCUUGGCCACCCCACAAUUUGUAGUAGGUUCCUAACAUCAAUGCAACUUCUAUUAAGGUCAACACAAAAAAGAGAUUAGUCUUGUUUUGUUUCCUGUUUUUCCCUGGUGCUGAGUAUUAAUGUCCCUGAAAAUCUGUGGCUGCCCAAUAUUUCUUUUUCUGAAGCUCUGUACAUACAUUCCUUGUAUCAUGAGAAAAAGUUUGCAUCACAUCAAAGAGUUCCAUCAUGAUGUAUGAUUGUGGUUACAGCAUCAAAUUGUGUUUCAUCUGCCUUAUUUUUUUUUUUUUUUUCAUCUUUUUAGGGUUGACUGACAAGAAUUCGUAACGAUUUUUGAAUAGAUAUAAUAUCAGUCGUUGGGUCUAGUAGUUAUCAAAUACAAUUACUUAGUUUCUUUUUUUAAAAAUCAUUUUCCUCCAAUCAAAACACAAUCUUUCUGUGUACUCACAUUUUACAAAACAAUAACAGAAUGGUUUGAACGAACUAAUCCACGUCAAUGUAAUAAUUGUGUAGGUUUUUCCUUGGGGUAAAAAUAACAGCAGACUUAUCGACAUCUUAAAAAUAACUCAGUAGUAUUCUGCCUCCAUGAUAUUACCUGGAGCUUUGCAAAGUUUUGGAAUUCAUGCCAGAAGCUCUUUGUUCUCUUUACAGGUUCUGUUGUUAAUUUAUUCCAAGAUUGUGAUAGCAGUUAAGUUUACAUGGAAAAUGUGAUUUUAAUUUUGAAUAAACUCUUUUUAUACAGUA